AAAGUUUUACAUCUAGCGUGAACGGGUCCUAGAGAGAUCGCGAAAGCCAACAUACAAUUUGUGCUCUUUGUCGACGAAAAAAAAGAUUGCACUGCACUCCGAAGGCCACCAGCCACCACCGGUCCACGCCAGAGCGCAGCAGCGAACGUUGAUUGAUGAUUUCUGGAUGGGAUUGUUGCGCGAAAAGUGAGAGGAAGUGUAUGAGUUUACUGCGCUAGUAAUCUGUGAUCAUUUGUCUGCGAACGGAAGGCGCAGAUUGGAAGCAGAUUUGAAAAAUCGAUUAGCUGUGAUUAGCAGAAAUUGUGAUAAAUAUUUAAUAGGAAAAUGACUGCAACGACGACAGCGAAAAAGAGCGACUCCAAAUGGAACCUGGACCCGAUACAGAGGGCCAUGGGCCAGCUCGGUUGGUGGCACAUCUUGGUGUGCGCCGUAGUGUUCCCGCUCAAGUUCCCCGUGGCGUGGCAUCAGAUGGGUAUCAUCUUCCUGGGGGCAGCCAUGAAUUAUACCUGCGCGUCCAAUAGCACCUUGGACAGGUGUAGCAGCGAGUGCACCAGCUGGACCUACGAUACCAGUGUUUUCAGUUCGACGAUCGUCAGUGAGUGGGAUCUGGUCUGCGAGAAGGCCAAUUUGGUGAACCUUUCGCAAACUAUUUUCAUGUUUGGCAUUCUCGUUGGCGGUGUGCUGUUUGGAUCGCUGGCCGACAAGUAUGGACGUCGACCACCGUUGGUGAUUGCGGUCAUAAUUCAGCUAAUUAGUGGUGUCGGAACCGCCUUUAUCCCAUGGUUUUGGGGAUUCGUAGUUCUGCGCUUCAUUACGGCCGUUGCCACCGGAGGAACCAUGGUGACGAGUUUCGUUUUGGUGAUGGAGAUCAUUGGCCCGAAAUGGCGUGAGCUGUUCUCCGUUCUGUACCAGAUCCCGUUCAACCUGGGUCACCUGACGUUGGCUGGCUUCGCGUACUUCCUUCGAGACUGGCACACUCUGCAGUUUGGUCUGUCCAUCUUCUCCGUUCUGCUGGUUUCCUACUACUGGUUGGUUCCGGAAUCACCGCGGUAUUUGUUCACUUCCGGUAACACUGAGGGAGCCAUUCAGGUACUUGAAAAGGCAGCCAAGCGUAAUAAACUACCAACGGAGCACAUCCGAACCGAUGUGGAACAGUACGCAAAAACGAAAACCCACGGAGGUGUGGCCAAGGGUAACUUGUUGGAUCUGUUCCGGACGCCCAACAUGCGAGCAAAAACUCUCUACAUGUGCUUCAACUGGUUCGUCUGUGGGUUGGCUUUCUUCGGUGUGGCUCAGUACAUUGGCCACUCGGGUGGAGACAUAUAUACCAACGUAGCCAUCGGAGCAGCAUUGGAACUCCCCGGAACAUUGGUCUGUAUCUACAUGAUGAAGAAGUACGGUCGAAAAAAGACCCUGAUCACUUCGAACACGCUGACCGGUUUAACUAUGCUGGCCAUCGCUUUCGUACCUCCGUCCGUGACCUGGCUCAACGUAACACUGGCUUCUAUAGGUCUUGUAGGAAUGAGUAUUUCCUUCCCGACAGUAUACCUAUAUGCGGGUGAACUCUUCCCAACGGUCGUUCGGAACGUCGGUAUUGGAACUGCAUCUAUGAUUGCUCGAAUCGGCUCGAUGAUUGCACCAUUUGUCGCCGGUAUGGGAGUUAUCUCUCACUGGUUGCCACCGCUCAUCUUCGGAGUGAUUCCACUGAUUGGCGCCUUCUUUGUAUUCUUCCUGCCCGAAACGCAAGGACAUCCUCUGCCGGAAACCAUCGAAGAUGGUGAGAACUUUGGCAAACGGAAACAGCAAUCAGAAGGCGUCGAGAAUGGAAAGCUCUAGGACAGACCUUGCCCGGAAGCUUCAAUUCCUGUUAGCAUGUAUUACUCAGACUCGUGCAUUUGACACGGCGACACGAGAAAGCCACUCUAUUUUACUAUACCAGUUUUACUACCAUUAGUUAGGGUCAUCUGAUCUGUGAGGCCGUAGAUCGAAGGAUAAGCUCUUUUUCAUGUGUACAAAUGACGAUUGAUUAGACCUAAAUACCAAAAA